AUGAGCACCCACCCUUCUUUUGACCCUGAACGUCGAGUCCGGAGCACGUUGAAGAAGGUCUUUGGGUUUGACUCUUUUAAGACACCAUUACAGGAGAGUGCGACCAUGGCUGUAGUGAAAGGCGACAAGGAUGUGUUUGUGUGCAUGCCCACAGGGGCAGGAAAAUCCCUCUGCUAUCAGCUUCCUGCUGUGUUGGCCAAAGGCAUCACCAUUGUAAUCUCUCCACUCAUUGCUUUGAUUCAGGACCAGGUGGACCACUUGCUGGCCCUGAAGGUACGAGUGAGUUCUCUGAACUCAAAGCUCUCAGCACAGGAAAAGAAGGAGCUGCUCUCGGACCUGGAGCAAGAAAAGCCACAGACCAAACUUCUGUACAUCACACCAGAGAUGGCGGCUUCAGCCUCCUUCCAGCCUACCCUGAACUCACUGCUGUCCCGCCACCUGCUCUCCUACCUGGUGGUGGAUGAAGCUCAUUGCGUUUCCCAGUGGGGGCAUGACUUCCGUCCUGACUACUUGCGUCUGGGUACCCUCCGUUCCCGCCUGGCACAUGCCCCGUGUGUGGCUCUGACUGCCACAGCCACCCCGCAAGUCCAAGAGGAUGUGUUUGCUGCCCUGCACCUGAAGCAACCGGUUGCCACUUUCAAGACUCCCUGCUUUCGGGCCAACCUCUUCUAUGAUGUGCAGUUCAAAGAACUGCUUUCUGAUCCCUAUGGAAACCUGAAGGACUUCUGUCUUAAGGCUCUUGGACAGAAGACUGCUAAAGGGUCACUCUCUGGCUGCGGCAUUGUCUACUGCAGGACCAGAGAGGCUUGCGAGCAGCUGGCAACAGAGCUCAGUUACAGGGGUGUGAAUGCCAAGGCAUACCACGCAGGGCUGAAGCCUUCUGAGAGAACAUUGGUGCAGAACGACUGGAUGGAGGAGAAGGUUCCUGUCAUUGUUGCAACCAUUAGUUUUGGAAUGGGAGUGGAUAAAGCCAAUGUCAGGUUUGUUGCCCACUGGAAUAUUGCCAAGUCUAUGGCUGGGUACUACCAAGAGUCCGGCCGGGCUGGCAGGGAUGGGAAGCCUUCCUGGUGCCGUCUCUAUUACUCCAGGAAUGACAGGGACCAAGUCAGUUUUCUGAUCAGAAAGGAAGUCGCAAAACUCCAGGAAAAGAGAGGGAGCAAAGCAUCUGAUAAAGCUGCUGUCUUGGCCUUUGAUGCCCUGGUGGCCUUCUGUGAAGAAUUGGGGUGCCGCCAUGCUGCCAUCGCCAAGUACUUUGGGGAUGCGCCUCCUGCCUGCACCAAGGGCUGUGACCACUGCCGGAACCCUGUGGCCCUGCGGAAGCAGCUGGAAGCCUUGGAGCACAGAAGCAGCUGGAGCAAGACUUGCAUCGGGCCUUCCCAGGGGAAUGGCUUUGACCCUGAGCUGUAUGAGGGAGGCCGCCGGGGCUAUGGGGGCUUCAGCAGGUAUGACGAAGGGUCUGGAGGCAGUGGGGACGAGGGCAGAGACGAGGCCCACAAGCGGGAAUGGAAUCUCUUCUACCAAAGACAGAUGAGCCUACGCAAGGGCAAAGACCCCAAGAUAGAAGACUUCGUACCUCCAGAUGAGGACUGUCCCCUGAAAGAGGCUUCCAGCAAGAAGAUCCCCAGGCUCACUGUGAAGGCCCGUGAGCACUGCCUGGGGCUUCUGGAAGAGGCUCUGAGCAGUAAUCGCCAGGUCACAGGGACCGCCGAUGGACCCGAUCUCCAGCCCAGGGCUGUGGAGCUAGAAUAUGAGAUGUUCCGAAAUGCCAAGGUGGCCAACCUGUACAAGGCCAGCGUGCUAAAGAAGGUGGCCGAGAUCCACAGAGCCUCCAAGGAGGGGCAGCUCUAUGACGUGGGAGGCGACACCAGAAGUCACAAUGCCCAGGCCCAGCCCCCAGAGCCCACCGAGUAUGACAUCCGGCCGGCCUCCCAAGUGUACUCGCUGAAACCCAAGCGAGUGGGAGCUGGUUUUCCCAAAGGCUCCUGCCCAUUCCAGACGGCCACUGAGCUGAUGGAGAAGACGCGGGCCGAGAAGCAAGCCCCCCAGCCUGUGCUGGGAGGUGAGCGGGAGCUCCCCAGCCAGCCCCGCAGCCUCCAGAGUGAGGACUGCAGUGAGUGCCUCCCGAGGCCCAGAGGACAGGCCCCUGGAAGCAGUGCUCAUUGUGGGGGGUCCUCCCCUGAGAGGAAGGCGACAAGUCCCUCUAAGGGCGGUCCCCUUGCCAAGGCCUGGACCAGCAAGAAGCAACAGCUCCUAGCCGCAGCAGCCCUCAAAGAUUCUCAGAACAUCGCCCGCUUCUGCCAAAGGGCCAAGAGCCCGUCUCCCCUCACCUCAGCACCAGGGACAGGAGGUGCCAGCCUUUCCCGUGAGGGAAUGCGGGGACCCCCAGCAGUCCCAGAGAAGUGUGCAGGGGAGGAUGGAGCCCUGGGGUGUUUGGCUGCGUCCCCCCAGACCAAGGAGUGCACCAGUGAGAGGUCAAGGUCCUGCCCACCCAGAAACCAGGGGUCCCCUGAAGGCCAGCCCACCCCCACAAAGGAGACACACACGGGCAAGCGGCCCAGAACCCAGCAGGAGAGCCCAGAGAACCAGGCUCAGAAGAGGCCUUGCCUCUCAGCCAACGCCUCCAUCUUAGCUGAAGCUGAGGACAGCAUCUCGGCCAGCGAUCAGAACACCUUGAACCCUACAGCCCAAGGCUCCUGUCCUCUCCCAGUCCCUGGCAUCUCCCUCAAAGAGGCUGCAAAUGUUGUGGUCAAAUGCUUGACCCCUUUCUACAAGGAGGGCAAGUUUGCAUCCAAGGAAUUGUUUAAAGCCUUCGCCCGCCACCUCUCACACUCGCUGACUCAGAAGACUCCUCCCGGAAAGAGCGUAAAGGAAGAGGCCCAGCAUUUCAUCAAGCAGUUUUUCCAUGGCCGGGCCCGAUGCGAGAGUGAAGCUGAUUGGCACGGCCUGUGUGACCCACAGAGAUGA